AUGUUCUCCGACUACAGAUCGAUGAUAAUAACCCAUCCCAUCUCAUCCCGAACCUCACCAUCUCAACCUUUCUCGACCUCCCUGAGCAGCUGGGCCCGCAUCUCUAUCCCCAAAAAACAACAGCAGCAGCAAACCUCGUCUUCUACUUCUACUUCUUCGUCAUCAUCCUCCUCUCCAAAGCGACAACAACAGCAUCCGACAAUCCGCGCCCUAGUCCUUGACAAGGAUAAUACCCUGUGUGCUCCCAAAACCAUUGAAUUCCCUACGCCUUACCUGCGCAAGCUGGAAAGCCUUCGCACCUCACCCACGUCUCCCUUCAACCUGUCGCGCAACCCCAAUGGAAUCCUAAUCGUCUCCAACACGGCGGGGAGCAGACCAGACUCUGCCGUCUACGAGGCGGAAGCGCGCCAACUUGAAGAGAAGCUGGCGUCGCUACGCAUUCCCGUGUUCCGCGUCCCGCGCGGCGCGCGGAGGAAGCCCUUCUGUGGCGCAGAGGUGCUGGCUUGGUUCAGGGAGCGCGGGGUCGUCGAGCACGCAGACGAGAUCGCAGUCGUGGGCGAUCGAAUUGGGACGGACACGUUGUUGGCAGCAGAGAUGGGCGCGUGGAGUGUAUGGUGCAAGGACGGAGUCAAGCACGGCAUAGGCGCGGACGCAGGGAGAGAGAACAUGGAUUAUAGGGGCUUCCUGGCCAAGAUGGAGGUGGUCAUGGAGAAAUACCUCCGGGAAAAAAGGGGUCUGAAAGCACGAGUGCCCAAGGGAUGGGAAGAGGCUUGA